AUGUGGAAGGAAAACAUCACCCAUAUUCCUGAGUUCAUCCUGGUGGGUUUCCCUACCUCCCAUUGGCUACAGGUUCUGCUCUUUCUCCUCUUCCUCAUCACCUACUUGUUUGUGCUGCUGGAGAAUUUGGUCAUCAUCUUCACUGUAUGGGUCACUGGGUCCUUGCACAAGCCCAUGUACUAUUUUCUGGGCACCAUGUCUUUUCUGGAGACCUGCUAUAUAUCUGUCACAGUCCCCAAGAUGCUGGCUGGAUUCCUACUUUGCCCCAAUACCAUCUCCUUCCUGGGAUGCAUGACCCAGCUCUAUUUCUUUAUGGCACUUGCCUGUACUGAAUGUGUGCUCUUGGCUGCCAUGGCCUAUGACCGUUACGUGGCCAUAUGUUGGCCGCUCCGCUAUCCACUCAUGAUGACCACAGAAUUUUGUGUUCAGCUGACCUUCAGUUCCUGGGUGAGUGGCUUCACCGUCUCCAUGGUAAAGGCUUACUUCAUCUCCCAAGUUUCCUUCUGUGGCAAUAAUAUCAUAAACCAUUUUUUCUGCGAUGUGUCCCCCAUCCUCAAACUGGCCUGCAUGGACUUUUCCAUCGCUGAGAUGGUAGACUUUGUGCUUGCCAUCAUCAUCCUUGUGUUUCCUCUCUCAGCCACUGUUAUUUCUUACGCCUUCAUUGUCUCUACCAUCCUGCUCAUUCCCUCUGCCACUGGACGGCGGAAGGCCUUCUCCACCUGUGGCUCUCACCUUACAGUG